AUGACCGGUGCUGCGGUGGACCCCAAGGCCGCUGGCGCUGCCGCCCUCGACGCCGCCCGCGAUGGCAGGGUGGACGUGGGCAAGAAGGUCGCGUUCGGAGAGGCCGACAAGGACAAGAAGGCGGGCGACAAGGAGAGGCGGUGGAGGAUGCCGUCGCGGUAUCAGGUCGCCGAGAAGCUGGGCCAGGGCUCGUACGGCUGCGUCUGCGAGGCCCACGACGCCGAGCAGGGCUGCAAGGUGGCCAUCAAGAGGACGGACCACCUGUUCGACGACGCCAUGGACGCCAGGCGCACCCUGCGCGAGGUGGCCAUCCUGUCGCUGCUGAGGCACGACAACGUCGUCCGCCUGCUCGACGUGUUCGCCCCAGGCGACGGGCUCUCGGACUUCAACGAGCUCUACGUGGUGAUGGAGCUCUGCGACUCGGACCUCAAGAAGCUGUGCCGCUCGGCGACGUGGCUCAGCGCGCUCCACCUGCGCCGCAUGCUGUGGACGCUGCUCUGCGGGCUGAAGUACGUGCACUCUGCGGGCAUCUACCACAGGGACCUGAAGCCAGCCAACUGCCUGGUCAACCAGGGCUGCGACGUCAAGAUCUGCGACUUCGGCCUCGCGCGAGCCGUGGGCGGCGAAGGAUCCAGCAAGGAGGAGGUGAACCUCCUCGCGAGGCAGCAGCAGCCAGCCCGGCACCUCACGGGCCACGUCGUGACGCGCUGGUACCGCGCCCCAGAGUUGAUCCUGCUGCAGGAGGAGUACACCGAGCUGAUAGACAUGUGGUCCGUGGGCUGCAUCUAUGCCGAGCUUCUGGGGAUGUACGAGGGCAUCGACCCGAGGGACCGCGGCCCGCUCUUCAAGGGCACCGCGUGCUUCCCGCUGUCUCCGCACGGUAAGGGGCAGGAGCUGGCGCCUCCAGCCGCGGGUGCUUACCGCCACGCCAAGGAGGACCAGCUGGAGAUGAUCUUCAACGUCAUCGGCACGCCGACCGAUGUCGAGGCGAGCCCGGGUGGCCAGCUGACGCCGGGCCUGCAGAAGCAGGGCGAGGACCUCCAGGAGGUUGGCUGA